AUGUCUGACGGCACCCCAAACGCGAAGUGGACCGAAGCCGACAAGCUUGGUAUCCUCUUCCAGAUCAUUGCUACGCAGACCGACAAGAUUCCGUGGGACCGAAUCGAGCUGCCAGAGAAUCGCACCAAGAAGGCCGUCCAGAUCAUGCUUGACAAGGAGAAGGCCAAAGUGCGCGGUUCGAUGGCAGCCAAGGCCAAGGCGGAUGGCAACGAGGAAGAAGAUGGCGGUGACGCGGUCCCAGCUACACCAACUCCUAGCAAGAGUAAGAAGCGCACUUCCAAGGCUGCCGCUCUCGAGGAAGGCGAGGGAGGCUCUGCCAAGAAGAAGUCUACACCUACGCCUCGCAAGAAGAAGGCCGCAGCAGCCAAGGUCAAGGCCGGUCAAGAUCAGGAGGUCAAGUCAGACGCCAGCGCUGGAGCCGAUGACGAAGUCAACGGAGAAGGAGGAGAAGCAUCCAGUCAAGGCUGA